CGGCGGGCGGAGCCUCAGCACCGCGGCCCGGGCCCUGCGCCGGCCCCGACCCGCACCGACCCCUCGGCCCUCCGGGUUCCGCACUCUGACCCCCUUUCCCCUCAGUGCCCGCACCCCCGUUCUCCCCAGAGCCUCCUCCGGCACCGCGGGCCCGCCGGGGCUCUCGCUCCUCCCCGGGCCCCGCUCCGGGAGUCCGGGCCCUGCACCGGGACCCGGAACCCCGCACCGGGACCCCGCACCGGACCGGGUUCGGACCCCGCUCCCCACGGCGGGGGACCCCGCCGAGUCCCCCGUCCGUCCCCCCGGUGCCGGUGCGGCCAUGCGCGGCGGCGGGACGCGGUCCCGGUCCCGGUCCCGGGGCAGGCGCGGGGCUAGGUGAGACCCCGACACCGGGAUCACCGGGACUGCGCCAGCACUGAGCGGCCAGGCAUCACGGCGGGCGAUGGCGGAGCAGGGGGAGUACCACCGCCUGGAGGACUUCGAGGAGGACUCACCCCCGGGCGAGGAGGAGCUGCUGGUGCACGUCACCGAGGGGCUGCAAGACUCCUGGCACCACAUCAAGAACCUGGAUAAUUUCUUCACCAAGAUCUACCACUUCCACCAGAAGAAUGGCUUCGCCUGCAUGAUGCUCUCUGAUGUCUUUGAGCUGGUGCAGUUCCUGUUCGUGGUCACCUUCUCCACCUUCCUGCUGUGCUGUGUGGAGUAUGAUGUCCUCUUUGCCAACCGGCCACUCAACCACACUGGUGGGGCAGCCCCCGACCGCAGCAAGGUGACGCUGCCCGAUGCCAUCCUGCCUGCCCCACAGUGUGCCCAGAGGAUCCGGGCCAGUGGCUGGAUCAUCUUCCUGCUUGUGAUGGCAGCCGUGUUCUGGCUGUACCGGCUGGUGAAGGUGCUGUGCAGCCUGCUGAGCUACUGGGAGAUCCGCACCUUCUACAUCAAAGCCCUCAACAUCCCCUCGGAGGGGCUGUGCAACUACAGCUGGCAGGAGGUGCAGGCGCGGCUGAUCUCGCUGCAGCGCCAGCAGCAGAUGUGUGUGCACAAGCGGGAGCUGACGGAGCUGGACAUCUACCACCGCAUCCUGCGCUUCAAGAACUACAUGGUGGCCAUGCUCAACAAGUCGCUGCUGCCCGUCCGCUUCCACCUGCCGCUGCUGGGCCCCAUCGUCUUCCUCACCCAGGGCCUCAAGUACAACCUGGAGCUGCUCCUCUUCUGGGGACCCGGCUCCCUCUUCCAGAACAAGUGGAGCCUGCGGCCACAGUGCAAGCGUGCGGGCGCCCGUCGGGAGCUGGCCCAGCGCCUGGCGCGCACCAUGGUGCUGGUGGGGCUGGCCAACCUGCUGCUCUGCCCCUGCGUGCUGGUCUGGCAGCUCCUCUACGCCUUCUUCAGCUACGCCGAGGUCAUCAAGCGGGAGCCGGGCAGCCUGGGUGCCCGCCGCUGGUCCCUCUACGGCCGCCACUACCUGCGGCACUUCAACGAGCUCAACCACGAGCUGCAGGCGCGGCUGAGCCGCGGAUACAAGCCAGCCACCAAGUACAUGAACUCCUUCACCAGCCCGCUGCUCACUGUGCUGGCCAAGAACAUCGGCUUCUUUGCCGGCUCCAUCCUGGCCGUGCUCAUCGUCCUGACUGUCUAUGACGAGGACGUGCUGACGGUGCAGCACAUCCUCACUGCCAUCACGCUGCUGGGGCUGGUGGUCACUGUGGCCAGGUCCUUCAUCCCUGAUGAGCACACAGUGUGGUGUCCGGAGCAGCUCCUGCAGCGUGUCCUGGCCCAUGUCCACUACAUGCCCGACCACUGGCAGGGCAAUGCCAGCCGGUCAGAGACGCGCAGCGAGAUGGCACAGCUCUUCCAGUACAAGGCGGUCUUCAUCCUGGAGGAGCUGCUGAGCCCCAUCCUCACGCCGCUCAUCCUCAUCUUCGCCCUGCCCUCCCGCGCCCUGGACAUUGUUGACUUCUUCCGCAACUUCACGGUGGAGGUGGUUGGGGUUGGUGACAUCUGCUCCUUUGCUCAGCUCGACAUCCGCAACCAUGGCAAUCCCCAGUGGCUGUCGGCCGGGCAGACGGAGGCCUCCGUGUACCAGCAAGCAGAGAAUGGAAAGACAGAGCUGUCGCUGAUGCACUUUGCCAUCACGAACCCGCGCUGGCAGCCGCCACCGCAGAGCGAGCUGUUCCUCAGCCAGCUGAAGGAGAAGGUGCAGCAGGAUGCGGCCGCCGCACCACCCGCCCAGCGCAUCCUGGCCGAGGGGCCGCUGGGCGCAUCCCUCCUCUCCGACGACUCAGCGGCAGCACCGGAUGGUUUGCUGGCCAGUGUCCUGGCACGGCCCAUCUUCUCGGCCAGCGGGCUGGUGUCCCGGGACCGGCGCUUCGCCCAGCCCUGCAGCACUGCCAGCACCGCCGCCAGCGUCCUGGCAUCCCUGGCGUCCCCCCUGCCCGGGCCGGCACGCGGCCCCGCCGCCGACAGCCCCGGCUGCCACAGCGACCGCCGGCUCCCUGAGGAGAGCCUGCUCCUGAGUGAGUCGCGGCUGCGCAGCCUGAGCCGCUCGGCGCUGAUCACCGAGGUGGCCUCAGCCGAGAUGAGCCUCCACGCCAUCUACCUGCAUGAGCUCCACCAGCAGCAGCAGCAGGGCCCCGGGCCCCAGGCCGUGGGGGUGUGGAUGGCCACAGGGGCACCCAAGCCACCCUCCAUGACCACAGGCUCGGCUGCCAGGGCCUCACAGGCUCAACACCGGGAGAUGCCGCUGGGUGGCUGGGCUGAGGAAGAGGAGGAAGAGGAGGACGAGGAAGAGCAGACAACGACCUAGCUGGCCUCAGCUUUGGGUCCUGGGCGUGCUGAGAGCUCCCGGUGCUGCUGGGCCCGGUGCUGGGAGAGCUGCCAGGAGGUGCUGGCUGGCAGCAAGGGCCUCGCUGCUGCCCACCCCGCUGCCUGGGGGCCGGGGCGCAGGGGGUCCAGCCAGCCCUGCCCGGCCACAGAGCCUUGCUGGUGGCCCUGCCAUGGCACACGGGCCAAGGGUGCUGCCGGGGCAGCCAGCCCCCGAGGUGCUAUAUUUAUGGGGGGUCACAGGGGGCCUGGCCUGCCCCUUCCCGGGGCUGGUGCCAUCCCUGGUCCUGCCGCCUGCCCAGGCUGCUGCUCUCUGUAGUGUCCUGCUCCGGGCACUAGACACAUCAACCUGCCAUGGGAAAUAAAGGUUUACAGAGGG